AUGGGAGUCCAACUCAAAGGAAAUGGCCAUGGGGAGCCACCUAUGAACCCUACCAUCGCGGUCCCUUUAUAUGUCGUCGGUGGACUCAUCGCCAUUUUGUUCGUUUGGAAAAGCGCCAUUCGCCUUCGACAUCGUCAGCGAUUAAAAAAGGCCCAAGCAGGAAAUGACCAAACACAGCUGUCACGGACGAAUGGCUUCAAUGCAGCCUUGAAGAAGCACUUCCUAUAUGCUCCAAUCUGGGGUAAUCGUCAUAGUCGCGAAUUCCGCUUCCUCAGACUUCACAUGGGUUCGCUUCCACUGCGACUGGAAGUGAUCUGCCUUUUGAUAUACCUCGGCUUGAACAUCAUCUUCAUCAUCGUGACAGUUGAUUGGUGGAUCAGUGACUACUCCUUGAAGAUGUUCCAGCUCAAGUACUCGGCCGGCCAUCUUGCGGUCAUGAACACGCCGGGUCUGGUCCUGAGUGCUGGGCGGAACAACCCACUGAUUCAGCUUCUUGGCAUCUCUUUUGAUGGCUUCAACUAUAUGCAUCGCUGGGUAGGACGUGUGAUUGCUGCCAAUGCGGUGGUCCACAUGAGUGCAGUGCUGGUUAAUCAGGCUUAUAUGCACGGUACAGAGCAUGUUCUUUAUGUCAUCUGGCAACAACGCCUCUAUAUUUGUGGCCUGGUGGCUAUCCUCGGAUUUCUCUUCAUUGUUGUUCAAUCCUUGUCACCGUCCCGACAUGCAUUCUACGAAUUGUUCCUUCACCUGCACAUCGCCUUGGCAGUGAUGUCUUUCGUUGCUCUCUGGUACCACCUAAAGAAUCUCUUGCAACAGCAAGUGCUUCUAGGCACACUGAUACUAUGGGGUCUUGAUCGUGCAGGUCGGCUAGGCAUCUUACUCUGGAGAAAUAUCGGCAGAAAACCCACAACUGCCACUAUUGAAGCUUUGCCUGGGUCUGUAGCCCGUGUUGAUGUGGCCGUUUCCCGAGCCUGGCGCUUCCGCCCUGGUCAGUACAUGUAUCUUUACAUGCCGUGCUUGGGCUUGUGGACAUCACAUCCCUUCACGGUUGCAUGGACAUCUACUAGCUCAGAUUCCCUGAAAUUCGGCGAGAAGCGCGGUUCAAGUGAUUCAUUGAUGGCUCUCAUUGGAGGGUCAGAAACUACUACCAUGUCUGUCCUAAUCAAGGGACAGGAUGGAUUUACGAAGAAGCUUAUUCAGAAAGCGGAAGACUCCGCCGACGGACGAAUCCAAGCUAUGGCCUUGGCAGAGGGACCAUUUGGCGGCGUUCAUUCCUUGAACUCAUAUGGCACUUUGCUUUUGAUCGCUGGUGGUAUUGGCAUCACCCAUCCAAUGUCAUACCUUAAUGAGGUCGUCGGCACCUUCGCCGAGCAGAAAACAGCUACACGCAAGGUGCAUCUGGUCUGGAUCGUUCGCAGUCUAGACCACCUCACAUGGAUUCAAAAAUUCAUGGAAGACAUCCUUGGCCACGAGUCCUUGUCAAGUCCAAUGAACCAAAACGGCCACUCAUACUUCCAGUUUCCAAAGCUACUGCUCUCCAUCAGUCUUCACAUUACAGCACACAAGGACACAGUGGAAGAAUAUAUUCCCAUGCCAUCUACACCAUGGACGCAAUGCGCCCCUGCAAGCGUGCCAGUCAGCAUCCACCAUGGCAAGCCAUGUAUACAAACUGUCUUGGAAAAAGAAAAGGCAGAGCAAAUAGGUGCCAUGGCGGUGAGCGUCUGCGGUCCUGGUGGCCUGGGCGAUAGUGUGCGUGAAGCUGUAAGGAACGUGCAAGGCGAGAAAACGGUUGAUCUGUUCGAAGAGGCUUUCUCGUGGUAG